GGCUCAUUCGGUGACGCACGGAACGCACGCGCUCUACGCAGGUGUGUCGGCGGCGGUUGUUUGAAGUGGUUUGUUUUAGCACCUUGAAGCUGUUCGCUGCAUUGAAGUUACGAGGAGUUUUCAGAAGAUUGGCCGGACGGCGAUUAAUAAAACUUGCGACAAUGGAGGAGGAAGGAUCAAUUAACUUCAAAGCUCUGAGGGCUAAAUUUCAGGAGGAGGGUCUCCUGGCCUAUUCAAAAAUCAGUCGACCAGCUGUUGCUGAAAAACCCAAACUCCUUCAACCUUUUCUAGGACACUGCAGCUCCGUGGCCAGUUGUAUCGCCACGGCUGUGGAAGACCACACCCCUGAAGUUCCCCGUGUCUUCUUCAGAGAUGGGGUUCGGUCAUCUGGAGGCAAGCGCCCGAUUUCCUUUCCCCCUCGCUCUAAGCAGACCUCUCCCUCAUUUCAGCUUGCAAAUGGAGAUGGCUCAGCAAAGCAUCCCCUCAAAGACUGGCACAUGCCUUUGGUGCUCCCUGUGCCCCCUGUGAAAGACCAUAAGGUAGAUGCACCAACUGGAAAGGAGCAAAAACUGGAGGCAGAGACCAGGAAAGAAGUCUUCUCACAUACUAAGAUAAAGAAGAAGGGGUUGUUGCUUCCUUUCAAAUCAGUCAAGGCAUCAAAAAACUUUGCUGGUAAUGGCGAGGAGCUCACAUACGGUGAUUUACCCAAUAGGCCUGGUGACGCUCCCAGUGAUUUCUCUUCCAUGGACAAACAAGGCUCAGAGGAACGACCUUCCCUUCAGAGUGACCAGUCGACCUCUGAGAACGCCAUCUCCAGUCCUGAAUUCGUAGUCUCCCCUCCUUCACCAGAAACAUGUCCAAACUCUGACAACAGGAUUCUGAGCACUUUGGAGAAGGCCAAGAAGAAACUCUCACGUCGACAGAUUGCAAUUCCGCCUAAAACCAAAGGCUUGCGUUCACCUGACUACAGCUGCAUAGAGAAGACCUUCCGUUUGUCUCCAAAGAACCCUGACCGCCUUGGUUCAGAUGUCCUCGUACCUCCAUCCUCAAGCCUUCCACACUUGGCCUGUAUUUCUGCUCGGCCUUUCUGCAAAACCAACAACUCUGCACGCAAGCCAUCUUUUGAUAAGCACCUUAUGUUGGAGAAAGCCAGCCAGCUACCAGUGAGGACUAGUGAACCUUAUUCACCCCGGAGACCCUUAAAGAAGCUGCUACCUGAGUUGUGGACUCUUGGACCAGUUCCAGUAAAACCCCCUAGACCUUCAACAGUUGAUCUUAGCUCUUACCAUGCAGUCCUAGCAAAAGAAACAUUACCUGGUUGGUGCCAAACACCCAAAAAGGAGGCAGUGUCUGUCCUUGAUGUUCCAGAUUUUCCAGACAUUGAGACUUCAGAGUUGGAAAAGGCAGAGGCUGAACCUGUUGACAUUGCCGCAUUAGAAAUGGAAGCUUUAGACAUAGUUGUUGGUGAUCCUGCAACACCAGCCGUAUCAGAGGCCACCGAUUACGGGGGUUCGGAUUCUGCCUUGGCAGUUUGUGAACCUAGAGAGUCAAAUAGGAUCAAUAUAGUCCAAGAUCUAAACCUUGGCACCUCACACAUAAUACCCCUUGAUCCAGCAAGCUUUCCCGAACCAAUAAACCCGUUGGAGUUCCCACCGCUGCCGCUACCAGAGCAGCGGUCCUACAGUGAAGAUGCUGCUGUAGAUUCUUUUCUCGAUUCUCGCUCCGAUGAGAUCUAUGUAGGGGCUACUGAGAAACUGACUGUCCCAGAGGAAACUGAGUUUUUGGGCCAGCCAACACCAAACCGCAAGACUCAAAUGCAACCAAGAGAGCAUCAUCAGAGCUGCGACUACGAAACCUGCGAUAAUGUUUAUGAAGAUGUGGAGAUCAACAAACACCUGUCAAGCCAUAUGUCAACCAAGCAAAAAAGCAGAUUACGAAAUCCAUAUGCAGACAGCCAGUUAAGGAAGGGGGAAGCGUGUCUUCACAAACGACCACGGCAUCCAUGGCAGUGCACAAGCCCCUACACUGCUGACCACAAAGAACAGAGGAAGAGAGAGAAGCAGCGACUUGAAAAGGAGAGAAAAGAGCAGAAAGAGAGGGAGAAGAAGGAAAAUGAGAUGAAAAAAAAGUUCAAAGUGACUGGGGAGGAAGAGCCGAUGUACCACGCCAAGGUCAUGGUGGCCAGCAAGGUCCGCAAGAACGACCUGCCUGUGAGGAACGGCGACACGGUCAGCAUCAUCCGGACUACCAACUGCCCCAAAGGCAAAUGGCUGGCCAGGGACGCCAACCUCAAGUACGGCUAUAUCUCUGUGAUGAAUGUGGAGUUAAACAUCAAGGACAUGCUGGAACUCGGCAAAAAGGCUCAAGCAGCUGGACGGGGAGCCUACGUCGAGCCGGACACCAUCAGUAUUGGGAGCCGAUCCUUCACAGAUGACAGCGAGGAGUGGGCCUGUGAGGAUGAAACUCUUUCGCCAUCCUAUGAAAGCCAUGUUGCUCAGCAGACUGUUUCAGAGCCAGAAAUGUCUUGCGUUCAUGUGGAUGCCCAGCAUACACUCAGUGACGGCAACCUGGAAGACCAACACACACAAACCAGACACGAGGCUCUGCAGAAACUAGCCCUCUUGGUCCAACGCGGCAAAGACGGCGACGGAGGAGCGACUCCUACCAAUGCUGACACGUCAAGUUCCCUGUGUGCGGUUGAGGAGCCUCCGUAUCCCGAACAGGAGAUUGACUUCACAGAGAUGGAGCUGCUUCCCCCUCCUCCUCUAUAUGCCGACACCCUCUGAUCAAGAUGGCCGUAGUGUGUACCAAUCGGCGGAAACAAUUUGUUUGAUUUAUCUUUACUAGAGCUACAAUUUCACAAUGGUUUGAACACUUUUACUUUCUUUACAUGCACUCUCAAAAGUUGACGCCGACACACACAGUUGAUGAUUGCACUGGAUUUGGGCGGAAAUAAACGGUUGUUUGCGGUUGCUUGACGUUCCGAAAGUGGUUAUGAGAUUGUUCUGUUUAAAUAAAUCCCAUUGACUCUUCUGAA